CUGGAUUAUGUCAUCUUGGUGAUACAGGCCUUCGUUUCCCUAUUUAUUAUAGUGAUUAACUCCUUUCUAAUAUACACUCUAUCUGUAACCAUGAUGUUGAAAACCAAAGCUAAUAUUAUAAUAACAAGUCUAGCAGCAGCCGAUUUACUGGUUGGCAUCACUCUUCCCGUGGGAACUAUUUUUGAAUUCAAGUUUAUAGAUGAUUUUAUAGGAUGUACCGCAACAUAUUGUCUGUCUAUUCUUUUAACGACUGUUUCAAUGCACCAUUUAUUUAUGGUCAGUUUUGAUCGGUAUAUUCUUAUUAUCUAUCCACUAAGGUACCCUUUAAUUAUGACUACCAAAAGAUGUAUGCUGUCCAUAGCGUUUUCCUGGAUUGCUUCCCUGACCUUUGCAGUGUUACCCAUCUUUGGAAUUGGUCGACCUCCAUCAGCAGAUGUCAAGUGUAAUGCAGAACGUUUUUUUGAAUGGUGGUACAUUUUGAUUUUGUACUUAGUGAAUUUCCAGAUCCCAUUAUUAAUUAUGGUAUAUAUCUAUGGCAAGAUAUACGUCAUUGCAAAGAAACAUCGUCGACAAAUAGAAAGUGAGAUGAACUAUUUCAAAACUAAUGCCCGCCAAAACAUAAAGACAACAAAGAUUUUGUUUGCCAUGUGUUUGUAUUUUCAAUUAUCUUGGUUACCAUAUUUCACUAUUACGUUCGUGUAUCUCAUAGUUCCAGAUAUCACGAUACCUCUAAUUGUUCUAAGGAUAGCCGUCUUGUUGGCAUUUGCCAAUUCUCUUGGCAAUCCGCUCUUAUAUGGAUUCUUUAACAGAAAUGUUCGUUGUUCAGUUAAAACAAUUUUGAAAUGCAAGAAA